AUGAUUACACGUUUCAUGUAUGAUACAUUUGAUAAUGCUUAUCAAGCUACAAUUGGUAUUGAUUUUCUCUCCAAGACAAUGUAUAUGGAAGAUCGUACUGUGCGAUUACAGUUAUGGGAUACAGCUGGUCAAGAACGCUUUCGUAGUCUCAUUCCUAGCUACAUUCGUGACUCUUCCGUGGCCGUUGUGGUCUACGAUAUUACAAAUCGCGCAUCAUUUUUAAACACAAACAAGUGGAUUGAGGAUGUACGCACAGAACGUGGACAAGACGUGGUCAUUAUGCUCGUAGGCAAUAAGACGGAUAUUUCAGACCGACGCCAGGUAUCCAUUGAAGAAGGUUUGGACAAGGCCAAGGAAGAAAACGUCAUGUUUAUUGAAACAAGUGCCAAGGCGGGUUACAAUAUCAAGGCACUCUUCCGGAAAUUAGCGACGGUGUUGCCUGGCAUGGAGAACACUAUGAUAAGUGGAGACUCGAACUUGAUUGAUAUUAAGCUGACGGCCGCGCCGCCUCCAAAGGAUAGCACUGCGGAGAAGUGCAAUUGCUGA